AUGUCGGCAAUUGACAUCGAACAUGUGCUCUCGGAGCUAUCUCUAAACGAAAAAGUCUCAUUACUUUCAGGAAUUGAUGGCUGGCAUACAUCAGCAAUUCCGAGACUCGGUGUCCCUUCAAUUCGCAUGUCAGACGGACCAAAUGGUGUUCGAGGCACCCGCUUUUUCAACGGGGUUCCUUCAGCCUGUUUACCCUGUGCCACAGCACUAGGCGCUUCUUUCGACACAGAGCUCAUAUUCUCCCUGGGGAAACUUCUUGGUUUAGAGUGCAAGGCAAAGGGGGCCCAUGUCCUCCUAGGACCGACGAUUAAUAUCCAGCGAAGCCCGUUGGGAGGUCGCGGGUUCGAAUCGUUCUCAGAAGAUCCUGUACUUUCAGGAUCCUUGGCUACCAGCUAUUGCUUGGGUGUACAGACUGAGAAUGUCAUUCCGACACCAAAGCAUCUUGUAUGCAACGAUCAGGAGCAUGAGCGUGUUGCUGUCAAUGCGCUUGUCACUGAGCGUGCUCUACGCGAGAUUUAUCUACUUCCUUUUCAGCUCGUCGUUGCGGGCGCAAAUCCUCAGGCCCUUAUGGCAUCUUACAACAAGGUUAACGGAUGCCACGCCAGCGAGAGCCCUGCUCUACUCCAAGAAGUUGUUCGGAAGGAAUGGAAUUAUAAGGGCCUCAUUAUGAGCGAUUGGUUCGGCACUUAUAGUGUGUCAGAGGCUGUCAAUGCCGGGCUGGAUCUUGAAAUGCCUGGCCCAUCUCGAUUUCGAGGGCCAGGCUUGGUACAUGCCGUCACAUCUAACAAAGUCUCAGAGAGGACUAUCAAUGAUCGGGUCCAAAGUGUUUUAGAGCUAGUGAAGCGAACAGCAAGCUCGGGAAUCCCUGAAAAUGCAGCUGAAGCUCAGCGGAAUCUGCCCGAAGAUAGGGCAUUGCUCCGCAGAGCAGCUGCCGAGUCAAUUGUUCUUCUCAAGAACGAUGAUCAGAUUCUUCCCUUGGAUUCGACCAAAAGAACUCUCGUGAUUGGUCCGAAUGCCAACAUCGCGGCAUACUGCGGUGGAGGCUCUGCCGCUCUGCCAGGGUAUUAUGCCAUUACACCCCUAGAAGGAAUCAGCAACUGCUGCACCGGGGGUGUGGCCUUCUCGCAGGGAUUUUAUGGCCAUAAAGAGCUACCACUUCUAGGUGAACAACUGAAAACCGAAGAUGGUCGACCUGGGUAUACAUUUAAGGUGUUUACGGAGCCAUCUUCGAACAAAAACAGAAAGGCAGUGGAUAUCCUGCACAUGAAGAGCAGCUCCGCAUUUUUGAUGGAUUACAAGCAUCCAGAAGUACACUCCGACCUUUACUAUAUUACGAUAGAAGGAGUCUUCGAGCCCAUGGAAAGUGGGAUAUAUGACUUUGGACUUACGGUAGCGGGUACCGGGGAGCUCUUCAUCGAUGGCGACAAGGUAGUCGACAACAAGACCAAUCAGCGACAGGGAACGUCAUUCUUUGGCAUCGGGACUCCAGAAGAACGUGGCUCAAAGUACCUCGAAGCAAAUAAACGGUACAAUAUAAUGGUCGAUUACGGCACUGCACCGACUUCAAAUCUCAAGUUGCACGGAGUCGUUUCCUUUGGACCCGGUGGACUGCGAGUGGGAGGAUGUAAGCGCAUCGAUACAGAACGCGCCAUUCAAGAGGCUGUUGAUCUUGCAGCUACAUUUGACCAAGUCGUUGUAUGUGUUGGACUGAGUGGAGAAUGGGAAAGCGAAGGAUUCGAUCGUCCACACAUGGAUCUUCCGCCGAUGUCGGAUCACCUGGUCCAAAGAGUUCUCGAUGUCCAACCAAACGCUGCGGUUGUUGUGCAGAGCGGAACCCCGGUAACAAUGCCUUGGGCUCGGGACGCAAAGGCCCUUCUUCAUGCGUGGUAUGGUGGGAACGAAACGGGUCAUGGCAUUGCGGAUGUCAUUUUCGGAAAUGUGAAUCCAUCUGGCAAACUUCCUCUCAGUUUCCCAGAGUUCAUCGAGGAAAACCCAGCAUAUCUGUCAUAUCGAUCAGAAGGAGGAAGAGUGUUGUAUAGCGAGGACAUAUACGUUGGUUAUCGCUACUACGAAAAGGUCAAAGUGAAACCUCUCUUCUCCUUCGGUUAUGGUCUCUCAUACACAGUAUUCCGUCUCUCUGGGCUAGCUACUUCGCAGCCGUUGGAGGCUCGCGACAACAUCAAGGAAGAAGUGUUGGAAGUUUCCGUCGCAGUGGAGAAUAUUGGACCUCGCAAUGGUGCAGAGGUUGUCCAAGUAUACAUUUCACCACCUAAAUACGCCAGCAUUUCCCGCCCUGUGAAAGAACUCAAGGGGUUUAAAAAGGUCAAACUCCAACAAGGCGAGAAGAAAAAAGUCAUGAUUGUUAUCCCAAUCGCUCUAGCUACCAGUUUCUGGGAUGAGAGAUCGUCUGCCUGGUUGAGUGAAGCAGGAGAGUACACAGUCACUGUCGUUGGGACGGGUGAGCAGAAUGUACUCUCGACAGGAUUUGUGAUUACCCGCACUAGAGGCUGGAAUGGCUUGUGUGGACCUGUUACUAGUGAUGUAUCCCGUGAUGUAUCCCGGCAUGUCAAUGGGAAUGGAAAGUAG